CAGCAGCCGCUGUGCCAUAUCGCCACCGCAGCAGUGGCGGCGGCGCUUAUCGCGGCCCCGGUAGUGGCCGACGCGUUCGUCUCGACCCGUCGUUCAGUCGCGUCUUUGACGACCACCCGAGAUUAGCCUCCAGCGCCGGUAUACGAGCAUCUUGAAGCCAGCACACGAGAGAAUCGCACGGAUAUCCAGCGGAGCCGAGGUCUCGUGAACGGAGGGCCUGCCAUGCCGGAGAAUGCAUUCGUCGAUGGCGUGGGAAGAAGCGAGACGGGCCCUUCGGUGAGCAUCCACGAGCACGACGGCUACAUCCGGCCGAGCUGUGCGGGAUUCGCGACGGGCGAGUUCCGCUUCGACAUGGAGGAGGACCAGCGGCCGCCGAUGUGGAGCUGGAAGCGCAUCCUAGUGGUCUGCCUCCUGGCGGUGGCAUUGCUGGUGUCCUCCUUCCUGGGCGGCUACUUCCACGGUUUGCAAACAGGCAAGAGGACGAGGGACCAACAGGGAAAUAUUUCCGAGGAACUGUUUGACUCGGAAUGGCAGCGGCUGCCCUGCGUCACCGAAGACGAUGUCUGUCCCGAAGGGUACAGCGAGCCUCCGUUGAUUCUGAUCUCGCUGGACGGCUUCCGGGCCGACUACCUGUCUCGCGGCCUGAACCCGUCGCUGGAGCGACUAGCGCAGUGCGGCGUCAAGGCGCCCUUCAUGCGCCCGGUGUUCCCGACCAAGACUUUCCCCAACCACUUCACCAUAGUCACGGGUCUGUGGCCGGAAUCGCACGGCAUCGUGGACAACAAAAUGUACGACCCCGAAUUCAAGACGCUCUUCAGGAUCGGAAACAUCGAGUCCUACAACGGACGCUGGUGGGAAGCAGAACCUAUAUGGCUGACAGCGGAGAAGCAAGGGAAGCGUGCCUCCACUUUCUUCUGGCCAGGCUCGGACGUGGAAAUUAAGAACAGCCGGCCGAGCGAAUUCUUCAAGUACAACGAGAUGAUCCCGUGGCAGACGCGCGUGGAGGUCCUGCUCGCGUGGCUCGACCUGCCCGCCGAGCGCCGUCCGUCCCUGCUGACGCUGUACGUGAACGAGCCGGACAGCGCGGGCCACGACCACGGCCCCCACUCCGCCGCCGUGGACGAGGCGCUCGAGCUCGUCGAGAUCAUGCUCGACCGACUGAUGGCCGGCCUGCAGGAGAGGCGCCUGCUCGGAUGCGUCAACCUGCUCGUCGUCUCGGACCACGGAAUGGCGAGCACCAGCUGCGACCAGGUCAUCGCGCUGGAGCACUUCAUCGACCCGGGCUCGGUGUACUCGCUGGUGGGUCCGACAGCCCGGCUGAGACCCAAGCAGCCGGGAGACGUGGCGCAGAUUGUGGAAUCGCUCCGCUGCCGUGACAGCCACCUCCUGGCCUACGCCAAGGAGAGGCUGCCCAAGCGGUAUCACUACUCCGACCACCGUCGCAUCGAGCCCGUCGUGCUCGACAUGGACUCCGGCUACCUUGUGCUCAACCGCGAAGCGGACAAGAACCCGGCGCUGUGCAACGGUGGUUCGCACGGCUACGACAACAUGGCGCCCGGCAUGCAGUCGCUGUUCGUCGCACAUGGUCCGGCUUUCCGGCAGAACGUCACGGCAAGGCCGUUCAGGAGCAUCGAGCUCUACGAACUCAUGACGGAGCUCUUGGGUAUCGAGCCCGAGCCCAACAACGGCACCCGCGGUGCGCUUCACUACCUGUUGCGGACGCCCAAGCCCCUUCCUGAGGAAGCCUCGCUUAGGACACCCGACAUGUGCGUCGUCGACGGCAGCGAACUCGGCGAAGGAGACAAGGAGGACGGUUGCAUGUGCAGAAACACCGUGCGCCCUUCGACAGCGCCGGACGCCUUGCCGCGGCACGCGCCCUGGGGACUUCCUUCCCAGGAAGGCACCGAGGCCGAGUCGGACACGUCGCCCUGCGUGCUUGCAAACAGAGACUACGUGACGGCCUUCGACAGGACGCUCAGGCUGCCACUCUGGACUGCAUUCACGCUCAACGGAAAGCACGAGCACGCCAUCGCGAACGCUUGCUGGGAGCGUGACGCGCGACUGAAGGGCGCCGACCUGAGCUGCCACGAUUUCGAGGCCCUGGCCACGAUGUCACUCACCAAGGAGCCACUCUUCCCGCCAGAGCUGGCCUCGUCCCGCGCCGAGCAGUCUGCGGUGUGGCUGCACUCGAACGCCCUGCCCUUCUACCACAACCACUCGGCUGGCGUGCGACGCGAGCUGCUGCGGCUUGUGCAGCUCUGGGAGGCACGCCACGGCUCGCUGCACCUGGUCACCGGGCCGGCCUUCGACCUGGACGGAAACGGACGCAGGCCGCCGCUGCACGCGCUCAGGGCUGUCGCGGAGGCGGGUGGCAUACCUCCGGUGCCGACGCACGUGUUCUGCGUGGUGACGCGGUGCCUGUCCCAGGGUGUGCCGGUGGACCGGUGCCCGGCCGAGAAGCUGGACGCGGCCGCCUUCUUGCUGCCGCACCUCCCGCGCCCCGAGAACUGCCAGCCGUGGCCGCAGUACCUGCUCCAGCACUCGGCCACCGUGGGCGACGUCGAGCUGCUCACCGGACUGCGCUUCUACCGCGCUCUGCCGCGCUACGAACGCAUACGGCUGCGAACGGCCAUACCACAGGCGCUGUGGCCUGCACCCUGAGACUGGAGCCGGCUGUGGCCCGCGGAGCAACAGGGGGACCAGUUAGUUGGUUGUACAUGAUGGCGAGAACCAGGCCCGCAGCCAGGAGGUGUGAACCUCCCUCUCUUCCGUUAAGGAGGAGGAACAACGAGAGGGAAGGCAGGGAGGUCGAAGGGAUAUGGAAGAGCAGAACGCUUUUUUCGCGAAUCAGUAAAGUGUCACUUCACAAUCCAAAAAAACACCACUCUUACCGCGACAGGACACUUGGUGGCGAGCGAGGAAACACGCGAAAAGAAACUGAGGGUAGAGACGCCACCUUGAGAUUCCCGCACUGUGACGCCAUCAAUUUUCGAAGCCGUCUACUGGUGUCUACGUAGCUUCUAAUCGAUAAAAUUGAAGUACAUUGUAAUCCACGGGUGCCGUAAGCUUAGCAUAUACGAGGUCUUGGAAAAUUCCAUCGAGCCAAUGUCGCGAAAAUACGAAAAAAACACAUCUUGAAUUUAGUGACGCCACGCGCGGUGAUUACGGCGUGAAAUUAAAAAAAGUGAAACUUAACAUUGAUGUUCUCUGCCAAUAAUGAACUUAUGACAGGGAGAAAUAUGACAUUAGAGUUCUCAGAGUGCAGUUAAUCAAUCUAAAACAAUUAAUUGUUUCUCUUUAGUGUCCCUUUAACUGAGCAUAUAACCGGUUGGCUACCGUAUACGCUGGGGGAAUGGGAAAGGGGAGUACAAAGUUGAAAGGGAAGCCUCCCCUCCCACUUUGAAAUUUUAAAGUAGUCAAAAAUUUUCAGCACUUGCCUCCCUCCCCCCGGCAAAAAAUCCCUGGCUACGGGCCUGGUGACAACAAUGGACAUGCGCAAGACCCUCCAUCGGAGGGCGCCAAGGUCGUCUUAAGGCGGAGAUCGCGCAAAUUUGCGACCCGCCUUCAUAUUCUCGUUUACUUCUUGCCUUGUUAUAUACUAGAAUAUUAUGGUGUCGAUACUAUGUAUUUUAUCAUGUCUUUGUUAUAAUACUAUACCAGUGCCUUUCGUCUCUCCAAUUGUGAUAACGCGGCUAACAUACUUCGUCGUUGUGAACAUAACAGUUUUCAGUGUAAUCAUACAGUAUGAGUCGUUGUUUCUUGUUUUUUAACGCUCCUAUAUAAUAUGUGGCAUCGUUGUUGUAUAACAAUUAUACGGAAAACAUACGGAGCUAUUGGAAUGGCGCAUGGAACGUUUUGAUAGGUUUGUGACGUUUUCAGGAUAUUUUUGUUGAAGUGAAGAAGUGUGGUCACAGCUGAAGACCCAAUAUGUAUACGGGAGAGACAAUGCUGUUCAGAAGUGUGAUGCGGCUUAAAUGUCUGUACUUUCUUGUUU